AUGCGUUACUCUUUCGUUGCAGCUGCCCUUGUUGGGUCAGUUGUGGCCGCGCAGCACAAGGCUCACACUGGAUUCCACAUGCGCCGCCAUGGUGGAUACGCCGCCGAGGAGUCUUGCGAGAUCAUCACCCACACCGUCACUGUGACCGCAAUGCCCUCCAUGGCUCCCAACAGCACCAUGGCUGUCCCACCUACUACUUCAAUCGUCGUUCCUACUCCUAACGUCCCGGCUUCGACCGGAGAGGCCCCCAAGCCUUCCAGCCCUGCUCCCGUAGUCCCUGGAACUUCCAUGCCCGCCUACCCUGCGGUCCCUGAGUCCUCCAAGCCCGCUUACCCAGCUGUGCCCGAGUCCUCCAUGCCCGCGUACCCCGAGGUGCCAAUGUCUUCUGCACCUGGCUACCCCGCGGUGCCCGAGUCCACCAAGCCAGCGGUUCCCGCUGUCCCAGAGUCGUCCACCACCUGCACUGAGGAGGAGGGAAAGACUUCUUCCAUGGAGGCUCCCAAGCCAACCUACCCUGCCGGUACUCCUGAGGCAUCCAAGCCCUCUGUUCCCGAGGUGUCCAAGCCUGCCGUUCCCGAGUCCACCACCUGCACUGAGGAGGAGGGCAAGCCCACUGGCCCAGCGCCCGUCCCGGAGGAGUCCAAGCCUGCUUACCCUACCGUACCUGAGGAGUCCAAGCCUGCUUACCCUUCCGUCCCCCAGGAGUCUAAGCCCGCUUACCCUUCGGUUCCUGAAUCCUCCAAGCCUGCCGUUCCGGAGGUUCCCGAGGCUUCCAAGCCUGCCUACACUCCCUCUGCACCUGCCUCUUCCGCCGAGAAGCCCAAGCCAACCCCUAGCUCCACCAAGGAGGGUGACCACAUCAAGACCAACGGCGACAAGUGGGCCAUUACAUACACCCCUUACGCUAACUCUGGUGACUGCAAGACCGCCGAUGAGAUCGCCACCGACAUCAAGAAGAUCUCUGAGCUCGGAUUUACCACUAUCCGCUCCUACAGCACUGACUGCGGUGUCUUCGAGCACGUUGUUCCUGAGUGCCAGAAGUACGGAUUGAAGGUCAUCUACGGUAUCUUCCUUGAGGCCGGUGGCAAGGGCGGCAGGGGUCCUUUCUCCAGCUACGCCAACGACCAGCUCAAGGACAUCACCGACAACGCCCCCAAGGACUCCGUCGCCAUGGUCAUUGUCGGAAACGAAUGUGUCUUCAACGGUAACUGCGACGUUAACGAGCUUGGUUCUUACAUCGACUACGUCCGUGAGCAACUCGUCAGCUCCGGCUACGAGGGCGUUGCUGUCACUACCACUGAGACUGUUGGCUCCUGGGAGGAGCACGGUGCUGCUCUCUGCGACCACAUCGAUGUCUUCACUGUCCAGGUCCACCCCUACUUCACCCAGUCCGUCUCCGCUGAGGAGGCCGGUGACUUCGCUGCCCAACAACUCGAGCAGGCUGCCAAGGUUUGCCCCGAGGCUGCUUCCAAGGGCAAGUACAUCACCGAGAUCGGCUGGCCCAGCGCUGGUCAGUCUAACGGAAAGGCUGUCGCUGGUGUUGAGCAGCAGAAGACUGCUAUGAAGAAGAUCAUGGAGAAGGUCGGAUCCGAGGCUUGCCUGUUCUCUUACCAGAACGACGGCUGGAAGGAGCCUGGCAACCUUGACGUUGAGCAAAACUUCGGCUGCGUUGAUGCUAUCAUCGACGCUUCCUCAGGUCUCUCUCUGUCCAUUGACAUCUCUUUGUAG